GCCUCCGUGACGUCCGCCACCUGCGCCGGAAGCGCCGGCGGCCGCCGCGAUGGAGGGGGAGCUGUACCGCCGCCUGACGCCGAGGGAGACGGCGGGCUUGCGCCUCCAGCCUCAAGGAUCAGAAGAGGCCAAAGCCUUUGUAAAUGCCUUCCUGAAGCGCAGUAUGCCAAAAAAGAAAGAUGAAGCUAUCCAGGAUAUACUAACUCGGAAAGCUGUAGUUCUUGAGCAUUAUUCCAAAAAAAAGACAAAGCAAAAGAGGAAGAAAACAAAAGGUUUUACUGCCAAGCAAAGGCGAGAAAUGCGUCUUUUUGAAAUUGAACCCGAACAACAAAGAUAUGCCAUCUUUCUACCAUUACAUGAACUCUGGAAACAGUACAUCAGAGACCUAUGUCAUGGCCUUAAACCAGAUGCGCAACCACAUAUGGUUCAGGGCAAGCUGCUAAAAGCUGAUCUCCAUGGAGCUAUUGUUACAGUCACAAAAUCAAAGUGCCCCUCUUACGUUGGGAUUACAGGAAUCGUUCUACAGGAAUUUAAACACGUCUUCAAAAUUAUCACGAAAGAGGACAAAUUAAAAGUUGUUCCAAAACUUAACAAUGUAUUUAGCUUGGAGAUUGAUGGAUUCAUUUCCUACAUCUAUGGAAGCAAGUUCCAGCUUAGAGCAAGUGAGCGAUCUGCAAAAAAGUUCAAGCUGAAAGGAACUAUUGACCUAUGAUUUCAUGGAAAAUCGGAAAUAUUAAGAUAAAUGUCUGCUGUUUUCCUGCAGUUUAAAGGCCAGGUUUUCUGGCAGAUUGAAAAUGGAAGAGCUAUGUGAAAUAUUUCUAAAGUAUUUCUUCUUACUGAAGAAUGACUAGUAUCUGUUGUCUUUAAAGCAGUCUCUCAGACUGUUGGAGCUUAUUGUAUCUGUUUCGUUAUUUGUAUAUAACAUUCUGGCUUUUAUUAAACUUACAUGAUUAGUAUUGGUUACCUGACUUCUGUUUCAAUAUAUAAUUAUAAAUUUGCACAAUGAAAAUUGCAUUUUGUAAGUCUGUGAUAAAUGUUAUUGUUGCCGUCUGUAUAAACUGAGCUUUAUCUGCCUAUAAUAUGCUCAUAAUGAGACUACAGGUGAUGACAACUGCUCUUUUAUAAUCAUUGUUCCUGGGCCAACGUCAACAUCUUUGCCUGGUGCAAGCAUAUGCAAGUUGUUUCAGCCGAUAUGUUUUACCUUGAAUAGCUCCUUCCCUGUGGUUAAUAGUUGCAGAUAACAUGUAUAUGCAUGAAAAUAUAAACAUAUCAAACAUGUAAUGCAGCCCUGCAAGCUGUUUGCUUACCAAUAACAUACUACUUUAAUAUUAAAUCAGAUAUGUCUAUAUUAGUAAAUACAUAUUGUCAUGCCAGAGUGCAGGGAACACAACACAUCAUGUAACAGUGAAGCACUUGAAGCUAGAAAUUCAAAGACGGAAAUGACCCCCAUUCAAUCUUGUACUUAAAUUACCCAAAAAAUUGCUUUAUGAAUAUUUAACCUCUUCAUAGGGCUUUACUCUGGCCUAUUUUUGUAUAUAUUUAGACAUGGUGUCUAUGAUCUAUGCUUUAAAAAUAUACCUUUAUUCUGAUUAAAAUAUACAUGUUACACGCAAUUUUAAAGAAGGCUGGCAUAGACGGCACUUAGUUUUUAUCACCUGUUUGUAAGCACUACAUCAGUAGGACACAAGGAGUCAGGUAGUUUCAUAGUGUACAUCUUCUAAACUCACCAACCACCCUUUAUACAACACCACUUGUGAGGAGGCUUCUGGUGUUUAAAACCUUUUAUCUCCUGUUUUCAUAAUUUUUUUUACUAUAUACUUCAAGGAUCCUUUUUUGGCUGCACCGAUUACAAUCUCUCAUCAGCAGGGUUGACUUGUUAGAGAGGUGGUAGUGACCUCUGUAUUUAGAUCACUUAACUUUUCUAUUAUAAAAGCACCUCUACGGUGUUUAUAAUAUAAAGAUAGCUUUCAGAAGCUUUCAAUGUAAAUAAUGAAGUCUAUUUCAGAGUCAAAUGAAAGACCCAUAUCUAGGAAGAGGAGAUUUUCCCAGCCACCACUCAAGUGCUCAUAGCCAACCAGGGUCAUUUCUUUAAAGAGAACAUAGCUGUUCUCUCACAUACCUGGGGUUAGGAGAGGAGCUCCAGCUAGAGCUCUUAUCCACACCACAGGGCACAAGCCAUAUAUCUGCCACAAGAAAGCCAAAGAUCAUCAACACCUCCAACGCCCCCAGGUCUUAUGAAAACAUUAACGGUGCCAGUCAGCCCUCAGUCAGUUGGUCUCCAAAGCUCGUACUUCCCUUCUGGACCUGUUGCUGGGAGAGGUUACAGGAGAGCUGCAUCUCUCCAGCGCGAUCCCUCAGGCGCAGACCACAUUGAGCAUCACUGAACCAGACUGAUCAGCUGAAAUCACAGCAUGGCCAAUACUAGUUUUCGAGAACAACAGACUGCCCCCUUUGAAAAGUCGAGUAAUAAAGCGGUUGGUAUGGAAAUAUUCAUUGCAAUUUUAUGAAGUACUGCCUUUGAGAUGGGGAAAACAGACUAGUUUUGCUAGAGAAGUAUAUUUUAUACAGGGAAAAUACAGUCAUUUCACACCAAUGGCAA